AUGGGGAACCGGGAGAUGGAGGAGCUGAUCCCGCUGGUGAACCGCCUGCAGGACGCCUUCUCGGCGCUGGGGCAGAGCUGCCUGCUGGAGCUGCCGCAGAUCGCCGUGGUGGGCGGCCAGAGCGCCGGCAAGAGCUCGGUGCUGGAGAACUUCGUGGGCAGAGACUUUCUCCCUCGAGGGUCAGGCAUCGUGACAAGACGGCCUCUUGUACUACAGCUUGUUACUUCCAAAGCAGAAUAUGCUGAAUUUCUACAUUGCAAAGGAAAAAAAUUCACAGAUUUUGAUGAAGUUCGCCAUGAGAUUGAAGCAGAGACAGACCGAGUGACGGGCAUGAAUAAAGGCAUUUCCUCCAUACCCAUUAACCUACGAGUCUAUUCCCCACACGUGUUAAAUCUCACCUUGAUCGACCUGCCUGGGAUUACUAAGGUGCCCGUGGGAGACCAGCCGGUGGAUAUUGAGCAUCAGAUCAGGGAAAUGAUCAUGCAGUUCAUCACGCGGGAAAACUGUCUGAUUCUGGCUGUCACCCCGGCCAACACCGACCUUGCGAACUCAGAUGCGCUGAAGCUGGCUAAAGAUGUGGACCCUCAAGGUCUGAGAACCAUUGGCGUCAUCACCAAACUGGACCUCAUGGAUGAGGGAACGGAUGCCAGGGACAUUCUAGAGAAUAAGCUGCUGCCUCUUCGCAGGGGUUACGUGGGGGUGGUGAACAGAAGCCAAAAGGACAUUGAUGGGAAGAAGGACAUCAAGGCCGCCAUGCUGGCGGAGAGGAAAUUUUUCCUCUCACACCCGGCUUACAGACAUAUUGCCGACCGGAUGGGGACCCCGCACCUACAGAAGGUCCUUAAUCAGCAACUCACCAACCACAUUCGGGACACCCUGCCGAACUUCAGGAACAAACUGCAGGCCCAGAUGCUCUCCAUAGAACACGAAGUUGAGGCCUACAAGAACUUCAAGCCCGAGGACCCCACCAGGAAGACCAAAGCCCUGCUGCAGAUGGUUCAGCAAUUUGCCGUGGACUUUGAGAAGAGAAUUGAGGGCUCAGGGGAUCAGGUAGAUACCCUGGAGCUCUCAGGGGGUGCGAAGAUCAAUCGCAUCUUCCACGAACGCUUCCCUUUUGAGAUAGUAAAGAUGGAGUUCAACGAGAAGGAAUUGCGAAGAGAAAUAAGCUAUGCCAUCAAAAACAUACAUGGCAUCAGGACAGGGCUGUUUACUCCAGACAUGGCGUUUGAAGCAAUAGUCAAAAAGCAAAUUGUGAAGCUGAAAGGGCCUUCCUUGAAGAGUGUAGAUCUGGUAAUGCAAGAAUUAAUCAACACCGUCAAGAAGUGUACCAAAAAACUGGCAAACUUCCCCAGGCUGUGCGAGGAAACGGAGCGGAUUGUGGCAAACCACAUUCGGGAGCGGGAAGGGAAGACCAAGGACCAGGUACUGCUGUUGAUUGACAUCCAAGUUUCCUACAUCAACACCAACCACGAGGAUUUCAUUGGCUUCGCAAAUGCUCAGCAGAGGAGCAGUCAGGUUCACAAGAAAAACACAAUUGGAAAUCAGGUGAUUCGCAAAGGCUGGCUCACCAUCAGCAACAUCGGCAUCAUGAAAGGAGGCUCCAAGGGAUACUGGUUUGUCCUGACUGCUGAAAGCCUGUCCUGGUAUAAAGAUGACGAGGAAAAAGAAAAGAAGUAUAUGCUUCCCUUGGACAACCUGAAAGUUAGAGAUGUGGAAAAAAGCUUUAUGUCCAGCAAGCACAUCUUUGCCAUCUUUAACACAGAACAAAGGAAUGUAUACAAAGACUAUCGCUUCCUUGAGCUGGCCUGUGAUUCGCAGGAGGACGUGGACAGCUGGAAGGCCUCUCUGCUAAGGGCUGGCGUCUAUCCCGACAAAUCUUUAACUGAAAAUGAUGAGAACGGCCAAGCAGAAAACUUUUCCCUGGACCCCCAACUGGAGAGGCAGGUGGAGACCAUUCGCAACCUGGUGGACUCCUACAUGUCCAUCAUCAACAAAUGUAUCAGAGAUCUCAUUCCAAAGACAAUAAUGCACCUGAUGAUCAAUAACGUGAAGGAUUUUAUAAACUCGGAGCUCCUAGCACAGUUGUACUCCUCGGAGGACCAGAACACUCUGAUGGAGGAGUCCGCGGAGCAGGCCCAGCGCCGGGAUGAAAUGCUUCACAUGUACCAGGCCCUUAAAGAAGCCCUCAUGAUCAUCGGCGACAUCAACACGGCCACCACGUUCAUCCCUGCCCCGCCGCCCGUGGACGACUCCUGGAUACAGCACACUCGCAGGUCACCCCCUCCGAGCCCCACCACCCAAAGGAGGCCAACACUGAGCACCCCCCUGGCCCGGCCUGGCUCUGGCCGAGGGCCGCCUCCUGCCAUCCCGUCCCCGGGACCCCACUCGGGGGCUCCCCCAGUUCCAUUCCGGCCGGGCCCGUUGCCGCCCUUCCCCAGCAGCAACGACACAUACGGAGCCCCUCCACAGGUCCCCUCCCGGCCCACCAGGGCCCCUCCCAGUGUCCCCAGCCGGAGACCACCCCCAUCACCAACUCGUCCCACUAUAAUCCGUCCACUAGAAUCCUUAUUAGACUAA